GCAGACAGGUUUCAUGUAUGUUAUUAUGUUACAGAUAUUUGGAAAAACGAUUGUUUCCACUGUGCUGGGGAAGAAUGAGAGUCGCUUUUUAGCUCCUAGCAAUUGAAUUUUCGCUUUUCGAUUGUAUUAACGGCCGGUUGUUCAUUAAAUCCGACCCUGUCGCAAAAUACAAACGUUUUCAUUUUACAGAUAAACAACAACAAAUUGAUAAUGUUCGAUUUUAAAAUUUUUUUUCACACCUUCUUCUCACCCUCGCUUUACAUGUUACAACGGACUGUAUGGGAAAAAUACAGUCCGAAUGAAUGGGAAAAGAUUGGUGAUAAUCUGGUAAACAUAAUACUUGUCUUUUACAAAAUUGGCGUGUAUAGCUCACCCAUAUUAGCAACUUAUAUGUACCGUCGUGGAUACAUGACACCCGAAACUCUCUUAACUCUCAGUAAAGUCAGCUUGGGUAUUGGUGUCAUUAUGGGAUCGUCUUAUUGCAUCAGAAGCUACGGUAGAGCGUCAAAUGAUAAAUAUAAGACUUUCUUGAGCAGACUCAAUAUGUCGAGCAGCAAGGGAAAGGAUGGCUUGAAUGAAAUCAAGCGUUAUGAUUUUGACUUCAACUAUUGGCCUAUUGAGUACGAAUACAAGGAAGGUCUGAGGCAAAAACCUUCCGAAACCAAAGGCUGGAGGAGUUCGUUAUCUAGUCUAAUCUACAGUCCUUGCUCAUUACUUGGCUACUUUGUCCUUCAUACUUUUGGUAUUCGUAUGAUUUACCCUGGUUCAACAACAAUUUUAAAUUUUAUCUUGAGUGCGGCUUUGAUGGAUGGCCGGAAAGUUUUGAUUGAGAAUAAACGAGGCGAGCGCUUUAAACUAAAAACUGUAGAUGGUAAUUUUAUCGACACAAUGUUUGUCGACAAGAGAAGUCUUGGUGGGGAAAAAGCAAACGUCCUGGUUGUUUGUUCGGAAGGCAAUGCAGGAUUUUACGAAAGUGGGAUCAUGCUCACUGCAGUUGACGCAGGCUAUUCUGUUUUGGGCUGGAAUCAUCCCGGCUUUGGUUGCAGUACAGGGAUGCCUUACCCAGACCAGGAACAGAAUGCAAUCGAUACAGUCAUGCAAUUCUCCAUAAUGGGACUUGGCUUCAGUCCUGAAAACAUUAUUCUUUAUGGAUGGAGUAUAGGCGGUUAUUCUGUCUCAUGGGCUGCCAUGCAUUACCCUCGUGUUAAGGGUGUUAUAUUAGAUGCUACUUUUGAUGACAUCCUCCCAUUGGCUUUAAACCAGAUGCCAGAAUUUCUCGAGUCACUGGUACGUCUCACCAUUCGGAGCUAUGCAGAUCUUAACGUUUCAAGGCUGCUAGUUGAAUAUCCUGGCCCGAUCAAGCUGAUCCGAAGAACAGAAGAUGAGGUCAUCUGCAUCAUACCAGGUGAAAUAUCAACAAAUCGAGGCAAUUUCCUCUUAAAGAAGCUCUUAAAGAGGAGGUAUCCAGCGUUAUUCACAGAGAAUUCUGAACACGCUCUUCAAGACUGGUUUGAGACUUCUGGUUCAUCGAAGGCUAGUGUACUUGAAAACUAUGAAGUAGAUGAGAACAUCUGCCAAGGGUUGCUUGCGGACUACAGAACUAGCCAUGGCGAUGAGUACCCAUAUACUUUGCUUGGCAAAGAAUCACCUGAAGAGUUGAAAAUUGCACUUCUUCUUUAUCUCGCUGGGAAAUACAUGGAGGACUUCUCUUCGACACACUGUACACCCUUACCUUCUAGAAUUUUUUCAAACCUGACAAACUUUUAAAAGUGUUUCUCUGAAUGGUGUAAACGAUCGCUUGCAUACAUUGGAAACACGCAUUGCCACCCUGUACUGGCGUGCAGCUGUGCACAGAGCAAUAACUUCCUCUUCUGUUGCGUUUGGAGGGCAAUCACCGAGGUUGUAUUUUGCUCCAGCCAAUUCAUACUCCCUACGUAUGUCAUCGACUGUCAAAAUUUCUACAGAGUUCUGCAGAGAAAAAACUAAUUAAUUACACUAAUUGAAAAAUAAAAAGACCCAGGAU